GCCCUGGAACUCAAUUUACGUCAUGCUUUGAUAGAGAAGCAGAACCAACAUGAUGCACUUACCAGCAAACAAAGAGAAAAAGAAAGGGAUUUAAGAAACAUUAAGAAACUGGAGCUGCAGUUCAAAUCAGCAAAUGAUGCUCUAGCACACACACAGGCUUUAUAUGACAAGAUCAAAGCAGAGAUAGACAAUUUCCCAAAAGAUGACGGCUCACUUGUAGAAAAGAGGAAGGAACUGCGCAAGGAGGUUGAAACUUUAAAAAGAAAUUUUACACAUCAGCAAGCACUAACAGAGUUGGAGUCGCAUGCACUAAUGCAGUGUAUUACUGAGGAAGAACGGCUUGUCAAGCAACAAGCUGAAUGCCGGGAGGAGCUGGUCAACUUAACACGUUUGGCCCAAAUCAAAGGUGAUGAGAGGGAGCAAAAGUCAAGAGAUUUUGUAAGAGCUCAGCAAAGAUAUCGACAAGUUGUGCAAGACAUUAAAGGGCGGGAUCUGCUUAUUGGAGAGCACAAGAAGAAAAACCAAGAAGUUCAGACAAGAUUGAAGGAGUUUGCAAAGAUGUACGAUAUUAUACGCAAUGAAAGGAAUAAGUGUGUCAGUCUUAUUCAGACAGCGACUCAACGGGCA